AUGAAGUACUCUCUUUCCUCCCUUUUGCUCUCGGCUUUACUGCCACAGAGCUUGGUUCUCGCUCGACCAGUCAAUAAUGACACACUCCUAUACGAUGCCGUCAUUGUUGGAGGCGGCCCGGCUGGCCUUAGCACCUUGAGUGCUCUUGGUCGAGUGCGCCGUAACACGCUCCUCAUUGACUCUGGCGAAUACCGCAACGGGCCCACGAGGCAUAUGCACGAUGUUAUUGGCUUCGAUGGCGUCACCCCCGCGUGGUACCGCUACGCAGCUCGCAAGCAGAUUGAGUCUUACCCGACGACCUCGGCGAUCAACGGCACUGUCACCAAGAUUGAAGGCAACAACAACGACAACUUUGUCGUGUCUUAUACUGCAGAUGGCCAGACCACAUCCGUAAAGACGCGUAAGAUCGUCCUCGGCACCGGUCUGCACGACAUCCUUCCUUCUACCCCCGGACUUCAGGAAAUCUGGGGCAAGGGCGUUUACUGGUGCCCCUGGUGUGAUGGCAACGAGCACGCAGACCAGCCCCUCGGCCUCCUCGGCAACCUCACCGACGUCGCCAGUUUGGUCCGUGAGAUCCUCACCUUGAACACCGACCUUAUCGCCUUUGUGAACGGCACCGACACUCCUGAGAUUCGCAAGAUUGCGGAGAAGGAGACCCCUGAGUUCCAGAAAUUCCUCAGCUUGCACAACGUCACCAUCGAGAACCGCACCAUCGCCAGCUUCACCCGCCUCCAGGACGGCGGCGCACACCCUGCGGACCCGUCGCUCCCCACCGCGCCCGAGCACGACCUCUUCCGUGUCGACUUCACCGAGGGUCCCUCUGUGGAGCGCGCCGCCUUCUUCGUCAGCUACCCCGAUGAGCAGCGCAGCUCGCUCGGAGCUGACGCCGGCGUCGAAUUGCUGGGCGGUCGUCUUAAUGCCCCCGUCGGAAAGGGACAUCUGACCAACGUUAACGGCAUCUACGCCAUCGGUGACGCGAACUCGGACAACAGCACCAAUGUCCCGCAUGCGCUCUACAGCGGUAAGCGUGCUGCCGUGUUCCUGCACGUGAGACUUGGAAAGGAGGACCAGGCCAAGGAGACCGGUGUCGACCUGGAUCUGCUGUUGAAGAGAGACUCGGAGCUGGAGGAGCGCUCAGUUUGGGAGGUUGCGAAUGGCCAGGUCGGCGACAUUUUGUACGCCGGCGAGUAUGACCAGUAA